AUGUCUACACCCUUGAAUUUACAACUCGACAACCCCGACCUUGAGGUCAUCGACCAAUACGGGACCGUGAAGGCAUUCCAAGUGCUUAAGCAGUACCUGGAGACUGAAGAACUGUCGCUACGGGAAGCGGCCUCCCAGCUGUACCAGAUGAUGCCCGAUUACAAGACCCAAAUCGGGGCUGCAGAGAUUGACCUAGGCAGUGCUAUAAUAGACAUCGCAGAGCAAAUUCCGUAUAACCACAAAAUGCAGAUAAAGCUCGUUGACCUUAUGAAAGAGCUUGCGGAGGCCGAUCGGUUCAACAAAAUCAGCGGUGACAAAGAUCAGUUCGCUGGUUACAGAGCCAUGGAAGAACUUGACAGAGAGUUGCAUGAUCGAUGCUUUUUCGCAUGGGAUAACAGCCUCGAGGCAUCCCGGGUGAUAAAUACCUGCGCAUUCUCCGCCCGUCUCGCCGGUGCUGGGAUCAUCUCGCGGCCCCUGACCUUGAUGAUAUGGACUUUCAGGGCUGCUUUAGAGAGCCCACCAAAUAAAGCCCGAGAUUCCGAUGUGGCCAGAGUAUUUACCAUCAUCUGCUCUGUGUGGAUCCUAGCCGGUGCUGGAUACUACGCUUAUCAGAAUCUCGUCCUUAACCCGCCUCCCGUUGAUGCAUAUGAGCAGCAGAUUUUCCAACCGCACGAGCUCUAUGAUGGCCCGAUUUUUGGGAUCCAGCGGUGGAACUUUUGGCAGCGGACCUUGGUUGAGAGGGGUGAGGAUGAGCGUAUUACUGAGGAGGCGAGGUUGUUGGCGCGCAAGGCGGCGGACUAUAUGAAAGCUCUUGCGCGUGAUAUUCAGUGGUAA